AUGAUGGUUAAAGUGAUCAACAAGGAAACAGUUACACCAUCAUCUUCUACUCUUCACCACCUUAUGACUUCCAACCUCUCUGUUUUUGAUCACUUUGUACCAGACUUGUAUACCCCCCUGCUUCUCUUCUAUCCUAAUAAUAGUACCACUGAUCAUAAGAUCAAUACAGUUGAUCACCACCACUCUAUGAUUACUGAAAGAUCCAAACUUCUGAAAACUUCAUUAUCUGAAACCCUCAACCACUUCUAUCCCUUCGCGGGAAGAAUAUUUAGCCACAACAACAUUCUUUCAAUCUGUUGCAAUGAUAAUGGGGCAGCAUUUAUCCAAACCCGUGUCAACUGUCCUAUAUCAAAGGUUUUGGAAAAGCCCCAUCCUCAAAUACUAAAUCAAUUACUUCCCAUUGACAUAGAAUCAACAUUUGAAAGCACAGGCUAUCUCUUAUUAGUCCAAGUCAACUUCUUUGAAUGUGGUGGACUUGCAAUUGGGGUUAGCAUUUCACAUAAGAUCGCGGACGGCUUCACACGGGGAACAUUCAUCCGUAGCUGGGCAGCAAUGGGCCUUGGCUCUGAUGUAGCGGCUCUUCCAGCUGCAGAAUUUGGUGUUUCAGCAUCUCUUUACCCACCACAAGAUUUAAUCACUAACUCAUUGCCAACUUCCAUGAAAUCUGUUAAUAAUGAAGCUUGCGUACAAAGAAGAUUUGUGUUUGAUGCCUCAAACAUUGUACAUCUCAAGUCUAAAGCCACAAGUGCCACCGUUCCAAAUCCAACUCGUGUUGAAGUAGUGUCAGCGCUUAUUUGGAAAUGUGCAAUGGAAGCAUCAACAUCAAACUUGGGUUUUACACGGCCAGCCAAUCUGCAUCUAGCAACAAACAUGCGGAAAGUAUUGGAGCAUCCCACUUUAAUGGGAAAUAUUGUAGCACCUGUAUUAGUAAAGACACAAGAAACUGAUGCAACUCUUCAAAGCUUGGUUGCUCUUCUACGGGAAGCCAUUGAAGAAUUUAAAGUGAAAUAUAGUAAUAGAGAUAGCAGGGAUGAUAUCUGCCAGCAUUUGAAUGAGAGUAUGGAUAUAAUGGGUAAAAAUGACAUGAAUAACUAUUUAUGCUCUAGUUGGUGUAGGUUUGGCUUCUAUGAAGCCAAUUUUGGAUGGGGAAAUCCAUCUUGGGUCACUCAUCCAGGUAUCCCUAUAAACAAUGUAAUUGUAUUAAUUGAGACAAAAGAUGGCGAAGGCAUAGAAGCAAUCUUGAGUUUCAAAGGAGAGGACAUGGCUGUAAUUGAAACCAAUAAGGAGCUGCUUGCAUAUGGUUCUCUCAAUCCCACUGUUAUUUGA